UCUUACAUAAUAAUCGAAUCUUUCAAGAGAAAUAAAAAUUACUGGAGCAGCAAGAGCAAUUUCUAUUUUUGCAAUCAUAUGAGAAAUUAAGUUGCAGAAAUUAGUUUCAGAGUGGUUACGAAUUAAAACAAGAUUUAUAAAUACAUUCUUCCGUUGACCUGAGAAUAGACUAAUUUAAUUAACAAAAUGAAAUAUUUGGAGCGCACAGAAAAUUUUUCCAAAACUCAAAUUUCUAUUAAUACAUCUGGCAAGGCCAUUGGUGCCUGCAACAUCUGGGCACGAAUUUCGAACACUGUUUUCAUUGUUUACAUUCGUUUCGCCGCGUCGUUUACUAUCGUCUAUAAAAUCGCUCAAAGCGUGUUGACCACAGAUUUGUAUACAUUUUCCAAUAAUUGUGUAACCCUAAAAGUUUGUCAAUUAUGCAAUUUUGAAACAAUUGUGUGUUUACUAGUAAAACAAAUAUUAUAUUUGACUAUUCAAUAUUAAAGAUUUAUGAAAUAAAUGUUGUGAUCCCACUACAAGAACAUCCAACGCACGUACACCUCGCAAAUAAAGACAUAAAUGCUACAGUCCGGCAGACCGACCGUUAGUUAAGUUAAAUAUCAGUGCCGUUUAAGCAGUCAACUUACCAAACUCCUCCGACCAUAACAGCAACAGACGUCAAAAAAUGGCACCAGCCAGCCGUGAACUGCAUUUGCCAAAACCAUCCAACUUUGAAGGCAGUGUACAUCACACCUCCGCUCACGACGACUACACCUCAACACGAGCGCAACUAAAUCAAAUUUAUGCUGGCGCGAUCUCAGGUGCCUUGACACGCACCAUCACCCAACCCUUCGAUGUGCUAAAGAUUCGAUUUCAGCUGCAAGUCGAACCGCUAUCGCCACACAAAAAAGGCAAGUACACGUCUCUAUGGCAAGCCAGUAAAUUGAUAUAUCGAGAAGAGGGUAUGCGAGGACUCUUUAAGGGUCAUAAUGCUGGACAAUUUAUGAGUGUCGUAUAUAGUGUGGGCCAAUUUUGGUCUUAUGAACAGAUACGUGCUAUAAUGCGGGAUAGACCCUUUAUGUCAUCACACAUGAAUAUUAUGAAUUUUCUGGCCGGUGGUUUUGCUGGCUGUGUGGCCACCAUUUUCUCCAUUCCCUUCGAUGUGAUACGCACACGUAUAGUAGCACAAGAUCCCGGACAGGGCUAUCGCAGCAUGUUGCACGCAGUACCGAUGAUUUGGCGCACUGAAGGAAUACGUGGCUACUUUCGUGGCCUGCAACCCACACUGGUGCAGAUUGUUCCAUUAGUGGGUUUCAACUUUAUGUUCUACAAGAAAUUCAAUGAAAUGCUGCAGCACACACCUUUAGCUCACAACGAGCUAUUACCCACUUGGGUGUUAUUGUGCACUGGCGGUGCGGCUGGUGUAGCCUCCAAGGCUGUUGUAUAUCCACUGGAUUUCAUCAAGAAACGUCUGCAGGUGCAGGGUUUUGAACAGCAUCGUACGAAGUUCGGACGUACACAACGCUGUCGUGGUGUUUUUCAUUGUAUUGAAUUGACGAUGAAAGACGAAGGUGUUCGGGGCUUCUACAAGGGCAUGUAUCCGACACUUAUCAAGUCGGGCCUAAUGACGGCAUUCUAUUUUACCAUCUAUGACAGAUGCAAAUUGAUACUCUACCAUUACUAUAAUCUUGGUGAAGGUCGCUCACCUUACGGAAAGCAUUAAAGGCACCGAUAGUGAGAAAAUUGUGACAGCAAUAACCUGUAAAUCGACGGAUUGUAGUGGCUCGACUGAGGUGUGCAUUGAAUCCAUAGCGCAAUGCUGGAGUUCUUGGAGCGCAUCUUGACUUAUACCUCAUUAGAAAUAAUCUACAUAAGUGCAUAGCAAGUAGAUUGUGAUAGCCCUUAAGAGACAAAACAAAUUACAGCUUAUAAGAGUACUUACUACUUACUUACAUACCUACACUUUAUGCUAUUGUAUAACAUUUAUGCAUUAAAGAAGCGAUUAUUAAAGAUAUUGUGUUACAAACACUCGCAAAAACAUCUUAAAUUAAAUUAUGAAAACAAACAUACAUUUGCAUAUGCAAUUAACAUUAAAUCUUAAGCUUAAUAUAAAUAACUGUUUCGCAACAAAUCUAUGUCCCUCGCUCAAUUAAGUCUAAUUGCUUUGACAAAAUAUUUAGUUGCCCACCAAGAAAAAGCAUAUCUACUUAUUAUUUAUAAAUAAUUAAUAUUUCUUAAAAAUAUGUAUACUUGAGUUGUAUUGCAGAUGCUCGGUUUUUGUCGUAAUUUAUGCCAUUAAAAACCUUAAUUUAAACUUUCGUUUGCGUAUAAAAAUCUCCUAAGGUUAGGGUAAAGUGAACGCCAUGCCUAUAAGGCAUUUCCUUGACUCGAAAGACGCUCACGAAAUUGUGAAAUACAGUGCACAUACUGUAUCGCAAAUAUUUAAUUUUGAAAGUUUUAAAAUUACACGAAAUUCAUAUAUAACCUUAGCUUGGCCCGACCUUCUCAAUGUAGGUUUUAAAUUUGAUUUAGAAUUAUUCUCCCAUUUUUAUUUAAUUGAUGUUAACUGAUAAUUAUGUGGAAAUGAUCUUAAAAAUAUAUAACUGCCUAAGAAGACUUCAAUAAUUUCAAAUAAAUAAA